AUGUCCAGUGAAAGCCGAGAACAAGAACGCGAACGAGAAACUCACCUUCAGAAUGGACUGACUCACAUGGAGGAGACUCAAAUCGAGGCAGCCAUCCUUGAGAUCCGCCGCAUCUCUGAAUUACCUUCACCUUCACCUCCACAUUCACAUUCACAGGUGUCUUGGGAUGAGCGGGUCCGUCGCGCAAGGACAGCCAUUGCAAUGCUGGAGGACACGGGUUUCAUGCAAUACCCCGACCGCAGCGAAGACCGCACACUGGUUGUCAGUUCGUUGCAGAGACUGGCUUAUCAUGACGCUGACGGAGAUGGGAUCCCGGACAUUGCGGAGUGGUGCACGAGGCAAUGGCUUGCCAUGCUACAGACGAAUGCUGAAGAUAUCGCUGCGCUCCAAGGUUUGGGCCAAGCAUGGCUAGCUCGCUCACAAGCCAUCCUCGCUCGCAUUCACCGCACUGAAGGGAGCUCUUCCAGCGCGAGUAGUGGAAGGAGACCGACAAGUGAGACUGACAACUUCUCCUACUCCUACUCGGCGGAAGCAGCUCGAGACGAAAUCGAAAGAGCAGCCGCCGAUGCCCGAGCACACACUGCAGAUUACGUGGAAGCCCGAGGAAUGCUCAUCCCCGCAGUCGACUAUUUCACCCGGGCUGUUGACGUGGCGGAAAGAAGGGGGAGACUUUCUGGCACGCUUCUCUCCGAGGUGAGCAACAUUCCAAUCUUGACGUGCUGUGCUUCACCCAACUCAACCAUCGACAACGUUGAACCUAUAACCUAA